ACUCACUCUUACUUUCUGCCCGUUACUUUCACGCGCACACAGUAAUGGAGCUCCCCUUCCUCUAUCUCCUCCUUCUCCUGCUCUUCUCUUCCUGCAACUGCGACCCCAACCCCAACCCCGAUUUCGCCCCUCUCCAAGCCUUCAAAUCUUCAGUAGACGCCUUCAAUUAUCUCUCUUCAUGGGAUUCAGCAGACCCAUGUUCAGGAAAAUGGCUUGGAGUCAACUGUCUAAGAGGUCGAGUGACCCGCCUUGUUCUUCAACGACUCAAUCUCACAGGCGAAAUCCACGCCAUUGCUGGUCUCAGUGAGCUCAGAGUCCUCAGCCUCAAAUACAACUUUCUGAGCUCAACUCUUCCCUCUCUCUCUCAUUGGAAGAACAUGAAACAGCUCUUUCUCUCUCAUAAUCACCUCUCUGGUGAGAUCCCUGAUGGAAUCUCAGAGCUAAGGAGGUUAUGGAGACUCGACCUCGCGCACAAUGCCUUUAGUGGACACUUGCCUGUGGGCCUUGGCCGGUUGCCUCGUCUCUUGACCCUGAGGCUCGAAAGCAACUCAUUUGCAGGCACCAUUCUCUCUCUAAAUCUCUCUACACUCGAGGAUUUCAAUAUCUCUGGCAAUAACUUUGUUGGGGUUAUACCUCAGAGCUUAUCCCUCUUCCCCCCAUCUUCAUUUUCAGGAAAUUUAGACCUCUGUGGAACCCCAUUGCUCUCCAAAUGCUCAAACUCCACUGUAAAUAGUAUACCGAACCACCCUGUUUCUGAAGACCCAAAGGCCAUCAUGGGGGGUUUGGCAGAAAAGGGGGAUAGAAUUAGCAGCACAGCUGUUAUAGCCAUUGUUGCAGUGGAUUCAAUAGUUUUGUUUCUGCUCGGUGGGGCGUUUAUCUAUUGUUAUUGGUCUAGAAUGGGUGUUGGUGCUGAGAAAAGGGAGAAAAAGGGGGGAUUAGUAGAGAGGAUGGUCUAUUCUUCGAGCUUUCAUGGCAGCCGAAGGGGGGAAGAGAGAGGAAAUCUGGUUUUUUUCGAGGGCUGUAAAGCUUUCGAGCUUGAUGAGCUAUUGAGGGCUUCGGCUGAAAUGUUGGGUAAGGGGAUGUUCGGGGCCGCGUAUAAGGCUGCAAUGGAGAACGGGGUUCAAGUGGUGGUGAAGAGAUUGAAGGAGAGGAAGAAAGAUGGGGAAGAGGUUUUACAGGUGUUGGGGAGGCUGAGGAACAAGAAUGUGGUCAGUUUGAGGGCUUGUUAUUACUCCAAGGAUGAGACCCUGCUAGUCUAUGAUUUCCUGCCUUAUGGGAGCCUUCACUCCUUUCUACAUGGGAACAGGGGACCGGGUAGGACACCAGUGAGGUGGAAAAGCAGGCUCAGAAUCGCCCUGGAUGCAGCUAGGGGCCUUGCAUUCCUCCACCAGACCUGCAGGCAGCCCCUAAACCUAUCCCAUGGCAACCUCACCUCCUCCAACAUCCUCCUAUCCCAUCCUUCCGCCUCUGCCUGCAUAUCUGACUUUGCCCUCCACCACCUCGUCCCACACACGACUCCUUCUAUACGCCAAUCCCCCCAAAAGAAGCCCAGCCAAAAGUUGGAUGUCUAUGGCUUUGGCAUCGUCCUCCUUGAGAUCCUCACAGGGAGACCUUCCGAAGAGAGUGGUGUAUCAUUGGUGGAGUGGGUACAGUGCGUCGUCAAAGAGGAGUGGACCUCAGAGGUGUUUGAUUUGGAGCUCAUGAAAGACAGGCAAUGUGAAGAAGAGAUGGUGAGUUUGUUACAGGUUGCAUUGCUCUGUUUAUCUGAAUCAACAAGCCAGAGGCCCAACAUGAGCAAGGUGGUUCAGUUGAUUCAAGAGAUUUGUGGUGGUCGGAUUGGUAAUGAGGACUCCUCCACUACUCCAGCUUACGAUGAUUCUGAUUCUUCAUCUCCUCUUUCUAAGGAUACUACAUAAUCUUGGGGAGAUGCCGUUGAUUGCAGCUGGCUCCAAUCACUCAGUGUGACUCCACUCUUCCUGCUGCCACCUACUGUACAAUUUCUAUAAAGCAGGCGAUGGCUAAGGAGUCCAAAGCUGUAGGAGGAUCGAGCAAUGAAAUAGUGAUGACUACGUCAUCCACCAUGCACCCUAGGCUAUUUUUGUUCCCCUGGAGUGAGAGGAAGACUCACUCAGAUCAUUGUGUUUGGAGAUAGCUAAACUCUAUAUUCCCCGCUGUUUUUGAGGAAGAGAUGGAUUACAUAUUCAAGUGAUGCCUUAGCAGUUUCCACCAUGGCCGCCAACCUAGAAGCCAAAUGUGUCAAGGCACACACCUUUCACCUUUUACAAGUUGCAAGUUGAUGGAACCAAUUUCUCUACUGCUUUUGUUAAAUGUUAUUAGUUUAAGAUCUGAAUCAAGACGAUGGAGUGUUCAGAUACCUCCUACACGGAACUGGGUAUACACGUAGAACAGGGGUGAGGGCAAGCAUUGGACCACAACUCUAGAAAUACUGCAGGGCACUCGGCAGAGUCUUUCUUCUCAAUCUUCUCCUUUCAUGAAGAAGAUACAAGCUGCACUGUGUA